GACUUUGGUUUUGGGCCGUCUCUGCUGUGUUAUUGAUGACAGUUUAUCACUUACCAAUGGAUGCUCAAUAAAAUGCCUCUAUGUGUGUCAUAGACUUUUAAUGUUGACCGCAUUUUGGCUUCACCCAGACAGUCAAUGGAUGAUCAGCAUGAGUCCAUCGAUCUCAGGUCUCCUCCAGUGGACCAGUCAGCAGCUGCAGGACACAGCUGGUUCCCUGGACCCCCUCCACCCAUGUAUUGCUGCACCCUGACCCCUGAACUGGUGGCCAAAGCACGGGAUGAGCUCCAGGAGAAACCAGAGUGGCGUCUCCGGGAUGUCCAAGCACUGAGAGACAUGAUACUGAAGGAACAGCCCAAUCUCAGGACCAGGCUGGACGACGCCUUUCUCCUGCGCUUCCUGCGGGCCAGGAAGUUUGAUUAUGACCGUGCCCUGCAGCUACUGCUCAAUUACCACGCAGGCCGUAAGGCUUGGCCAGAGGUGUUCCAGGACCUGAAGCCGUCCACAGUGAAACACGUCUUGGACCUGGGAUUUCUCACCGUCUUGCCACAGCCCGACCCCAAUGGAAGAUACAUCCUCUGUCUUCGGCCAGGAAAAUGGAAACCAAAUGAUUAUCCAUUUGUUGACAACGUGAGGGCCAUUUAUCUGACUCUGGAGAAGCUGAUCCAGCCAGAGGAAACGCAGGUGAACGGUAUUGUCAUCUUGGCUGACUACACCGGAGUGGGCAUGUCACAAGCAUCCAAUCCAGGCCCGUUCCUUGCCAAAAAAGUUGUGAGCAUCCUCCAGGAUGGGUUUCCAAUCAGAAUCAAAGCUGUUAACAUAAUUAACGAGCCCAGGAUUUUCAAAGGCAUCUUUGCUAUAAUUAAGCCUUUUCUGAAGGAGAAGAUGGCAGAGAGGUACAUCCUCCACGGCUCAGACCUGCGCUCUCUGCACCGGAACAUCCCACGGUCGGUUCUGCCGGAGGAGUACGGCGGCACCGCGGGCCAACUGGACAUGCAUGUGUGGUCAAGACUGCUGCUGGACUGUGAGGAAGAAUUUAUAGUGGAGUUCUGCCAGCCGGAUCCACUAGAGGGCGUGGUGCUCCCAGACUCCAUGCUGUUUGAAGGCGAGCAGGCCAGCGGGCAGGACGACGACACCUUCAGGGGGCUGCGCUCUCAACUUUACUACUGUUACUGAUGUCAGACUGUAGAUGAAUACACUCCCAUCACUGAGAGGACAUUUUCUGUUUCAUUUGAAACAUGUGUGUAGACUUUCAUGGGCAAGUUGCCAAUAUUAUACAUGAUUUAUUUUACUAACUAAGGAGCACUACUAUAGGUAGAUAGUCUUUUGUAGUUUACACAUAGCCCAGCAUUUAACCAUGAUUCCAAGGCAGCUGCAAGCUCUGGCAAAGAGGCUUUUGAUAUGAGCAGAUGCAUGUUUUUGCCAUAAUAGGUGGCAUUAAAAGUGAGAUGGUGGUAUUUAAAAGUUAGGUUCACAUUUUUUCAAUAGUCAGGCACCCAUAUGUACACUAAACAGGUUUUGCUUAAUACAGUCAUUCCUCCUGUUCACACUGGUCAUUAAAAGAUGCCUUCCUAAUGUGCUUCCCUAUCUGAGGGAUGGAAAACAUAAUCCACGUUCCUUGUUAUAAGUUUAGCUGUUGCUAAAAUGAGUCAUCAGCAGAACCAGUUGUGACUUCUUGGAAUUACUUCUUUGUGUCACUAACCCUCCACUGCAGCUCAGCUCAUAUACACUCAAAGAGUGUAACAAAAAGUUCUGUACUUAAAGCUAACUGAGACUGCUGAAUCCUCAUAGUAGCUUCAUCUGAACUUUGUCUUUUUGUCUGAAAAGAGGACUGUGGAUCCUGUCCCCCCCUUCCUUAGAGGCACAUUAGGAAGGGGUAUUUUAAUGGCCAGUGUGAACAGGAGGAAUGAUUACAGCAAGCAAAAAGUGUUUCAAUGUACAUACAGUAUGUCUGUAUUGUUUUACAAGGGACAUGGAAAAAUGUGAACCCCUCCUUUUUAAUAUUUUUCCUCUGAGGAAGAAUUGUAGAAACUCACAUUUCUUCAGUUUGUUUAGUAUAACGGCAGUCAUAUACAGGCCUUAAGUACUCUUUCUGCAUGGUUACAUUGCCCCACAACUCAACUCAAAGAAAUGGAGACAGUUUUUGUGUAUGUAAUCAUCUAAUACAUUGCCUUAAACUGUUAUUUAUCAAUAGAUUUUCCUAUGUAUUAUGAAUCAUGUUGGAUUUGCACCAAAGCAAUAUUCUCAUCAGUGCUUGUCUUACAUAAGAGCGGACAUACUUCAUUGCUAGGAAGUGGAAAUAGGUGGCUGCUGUGGCUGAGUGAUAAUGUAAUCGAUUUACUGGUAUAUUAAAGUCAUACACAGUAUUUCAGGGCCUUUGUUUAGUUGAUGCUGUAGUUUUCUGUAGCUUGAAUCUUCUGUGAGGAUUAUUUUAAAUUCAGAUAUUCUGCCUUAUGUUUUUUUUUAAUUAUUGUUAUUAUUAUUUUUACCUUUUUGGACCUGUGUGUCUGUGUUUCAUCACUCAGUCUUAUCAAAAGAACAGUACUGAUCACAUGAGUCACAGGGGGGAGAGAACAUUCAGUCCUGACUUUAAAGACAUCUGGUUUGCCAAAAUUUACACCAAGCCAUGUACAGAAAUGUGCAACAAUGUUGGAUCUGUUUUCUUGCAUUAGAGGUGAACUUGAAUCAUUUCCGUCAGUCAUUUAUAUUUUUAUUUUAAGCAUGUCUGUGACUAUAAGCUGUAUUGUGUUGCAGGAUAUUUAUCGUUGGUAGUGAAGCUAGUAAAGUAAAACUUAAACGGAGAAAGUGA